AUGUCAGGCAAUGCCGUCCCUUCCACCCCAAGGAAGACCGCCGCGGACGUCGCCUUUGAAUCUAUAGAGGUCAAUCCGGCCGUCGCUUCCGAUUCGAAUGGCCCGGCGAUCCGCCGCAGCAGCACGGGAGAACGUCGGGGCAGCAAAACCCGGCUCAUCGGCUCCUCGCCCGUCACCGAUGGCCUCCAGCAUAGUCUCGGGACGAUCGCACGGCGGGUCAAGAAGUCGGGUGGUUCUAUCCUACAGGCGGCGGUCACCAAUGGCCGAACCAGGUCGCCGGAGAAGAAGGGCGUCGAUGGGAAGCCGACACACGCCAACGGACAACCUUUGGCCCAGAGGAAGACCCCGACCUCACGCCCCGUCGCCGAAAUGACACCGCGAUCUUCUCCCGCGCCGCGCGAUGCCUCCUGUGAUACUCCCUCGCAGUCUGAGAGCGAGAGGUCUCGAGAGGAGCAGCAGCAGCAGCAGCAACAGCCUCCUCUGGCUCUCGAUCCUGCUCAACUGGUUCAGAUGGCUUUGAGUCUCAGUGAGAGCAGGGCACGUAUCACCAGCCUUCCUUUGCGCGCCCCGGCUUCGCAGCAUGUCGGCAAUCGGAUCGUGUCGAUCGGCUCGGACUUUGGAUACAACACCAUAAGAACCCCUCAACGGAAUAGUCGUCUGGGUGAUAACAGUUCGCCGCAUUCUUUGUCCUCGCGUGGGUAUGGAUCGGAAAAUCUUGGUUGGGUGGAUACGAGUAUGGCGCAGGGCGAGGAAAAUACAUGUACAUUCACUCCCGCGACCCUUUCCCGGGCGGAAAAGGCGAGGAAGUAUUUCGAGUUGGCCAGCGAACAUCGUCGCUUGUUAGAGCAUCUGCCCCCUCUGCGUCCGGAUGGCACCAUCUCGAACGCGCGUAACGGACAUCACACCGACCCUCACGAUCAGACGGGGAAGCUGGGUCGAGCAUACAACCCUCUGCAGGCACUGCGUAAUCGACGCCUUCGCAAUCGCGAGAGACGGCUUCUGGCAGCUCCUCCAGAGACCUGGCAAGAGACCGAUCGCAUUCGUAAGUGGAUCGAUGACCUGGCUGCGAACUCCAAUAAUUCCCAGUAUGGAUCCGACGGGCAUUCGCUGCGACUCCCGCAAUACGAAGGCGAGAUGCCCGUUGACCGGCCCGCCUCAGAAUCAAGACCGCCUCACCGACGGACAAACACAAACCAGUCCGUCAUCACCAGGACGGCCAAUGCAUGGUCGAUCGAUCCGGCAGAGCUGCUAGCUGAUACCUAUUGGCUCGAAACCAAAGACAAUAGAAGCAUCAUUGAAGAUCGACACGGAAGACGGAUUUUCACCGCUCGCAGUCAAGCGGACUCUCCGAGGGUGAGCAAGGAACACGAACGCCAUGGCAACGGACGAACGGAGGAACUUCUGGAUUCCGAGAAUGAUUCCCGUGGCCAUCCUCGAAGGCGAUUGCUACACCUGCCCGAUCGACUCAGAAGACCGCACAUCAGUCAUACUGCAAGCACGACGAGCACUUCCAGCCCAGAAGGUCGCCAGCCACCAGAGUUGUUGUUCGAGAACGUGGAAGAAGGGGGCGAUGAAAACAUUGGGCCUCUCGAGAGACACAUGCGGGAGAUGAUCGACAAAGAUGCGAGAGGCGAAUUGCCCUCUCCAGAACCGAUCUCGCCCGAUCACUGGGACUCGCAACAUACCCACUUCCCGCUGAAAAGGCAUCGCAGUGGCUCUGGCGGAGCGAGACAGAACGCCAGGAACCGACUGGUCAUCGACACCCAUGCCCGUCUUGCAAAGGGAGACCGCAGUGGGCUUGCUUCUCCAGACCAUGGUUUGUCAUCCAUGGACGAAAUGGUAUCCGACUCGCCCAUCUCACCCACGAUGCCAGCUUUUGCUCAUCCCGCAUCGAUCAAUUCUUCGCUACCAGGCAGCAAACAUGCUUCACGAAGCGAGCUUCGACCUGUCACGAGUACCACCCCCUCUGCGCCUCCUCAGGGCAUCGAAAAGGCCAUGACCGCACCUGCAAAGCCUGCCAUUGUCGUGGAGGCUGCAAUGCCGUCCGACAGUGGCGACACUAGCCAGGAUGCUGUGUACGACCAAGGCCGGCCUGGCUCGGCACCGCAGAGACCUAUCCACAGGCGUCAUCGCACGGCUGAUAGCAUUGUCACUGGCGGCUUGCGCCGACUAGGCUCGUCCAAGUCCAACGUGGACGACCUCAGCCACGGUGCCAUCAAAGAAAACGGUGACCCGAACGGACGACGGCUCUUCAAAAACAACCGAAUUUCGGCCAUGGUGCGCAAUGAGAGCACCCGAUUGGGAGAUCGUCUGCGUGGCCAGCGUGAGCAGACGCCGGCCUCUGAUGUGUCCGAGGCAGGCAACGAUUCGCCUCUGAGCAGGCCCGUGGCACUCGAGACGGAGAUUAGCCCGCGCACAUCUCUGGACCAAGGACAAUCGAGGAGUCGCUAUUACCUUCCGAGCCUCAACAGCUUCAAAUCACCCGUCGCUGGGAAGGAGCGCCGGAGAGCGGGGACUUACUCCUCGCCCGAGUCGGACGCGACCGGCCGUCAACAGAAAGCUAUGCGCAACCCCGAGCGCACUUCUCCCGGCGAUCGCCUCAUCCCACAGCGGGCUCCGAUGCCAGCUGUCAAUACCGCCGCUUCAAAGUCUGGCCCGCAGUCCCGCAAGACCGUGUCUCUCCUGUCGCCAACCUCGGCCCAGACCACCAGCGCCGGCUCCCUCUCCAGCACCAGCAGCAUCGCCGAUUUCCGCUCGGGCAGCAUCGACUCCACCGCAUCGACUUCCCAAGGACGACGACGUACCAACACCACCGACUUCGCCGACGCCGCCAAGCGCCACUGGAGUAUCUCCGACCAACACAAAGCCCUCUCCAGCCUCUCCCCGACGGCUUCCCACCUCGCCGCCCGCGACAUCGCCCGCGUCCGCGCCCUGCUCCUCGCCUCGGGGAUCAAAGCCCGCGAGAUCCUCCGCCAGGCCGACUCCAUCCGCAUCUCGCCCUCUCCGACCGCCUCCAAACCCUCUCCGACCAACCCAACCUCCUCCUCCACCACCACCACCCAAAACCCUUGCACCAGCUGGCUCGCCGGCGUCCCCCGGCGGUCCGAACCCCUGGCCGCCGCCCGCCACCUCUCGUCCAACCUGACCGCCGACCUCGCCAGCCUCGAGUCCAGCAUGCACACCUUCCGGACGACCCGCACCGACGCCCUCGCGGCCCGCCUCUCGGCGCUGCAGGAACGCGCGGCGUCGCACCUCGCCGCCCGCGUCCACGGCGCCUGCGACGGCGCGGACCACCUCGUCUUCGCCCUGACGACCCAGCAGCCGCAGGACCUCAAACGGGCGGACGACGCCAUGGACCAGAUGCUCCGCCAGCGCCGCCGCCAGUUCCGCUGGCUGAGGCGCGCCGGCUUCAAGGGCCUGGAGUGGAUGCUCCUCAGCCUCAUGUGGUGGGCCUGGUUCGUCGUCCUCAUCGUCAAUUCGAUCCGGAGGAUCGUCGUGGGCGGGGGCAGGGCCGUGAAGUGGCUGGUCUGGUUCUGA